ACAGGAUAUCAAGCGAUGUCAGCAAGCGAUGCAAAAUGGAUCGGCAGCAAAUAAUCCUAAAUGGGAACCAUCCCAUCCUCAUCAAUGAUAGCUAACCAGAACAGUACGAAUAGCAGUGCAACUGCAUUUUCUGAUAUUGACUUUAAUAUGUUUAUGCCACCCAAAAAAGCCCAUUUAACAGACGCUGGAUUGGAGGAAAUCAAUAAUAGCAAGGCCGUUAAAGCAAUUCGUGAUAAAGAAAAGCAUAAGGAAGCAGAAGAAGCGGGACGAUUAGAAAAGGAAGACAAAGUGAAUUCACAGAUUACUAUUUGGAAAGCAGGCAAAGAAAAGAAUCUACGAGCAUUGUUAAGUUCUUUGGAUAUGAUUCUAUGGUCAGAUGUACAAUGGAAAAAUGUAACUAUGUUAGAUUUAAAUGAAUCUAGAAAAUGUAAAAUAACGUAUAUGAAAGCUAUUGCUCAAGUACACCCUGAUAAGCUUCCUGCUACUGCAACUGUUGACAGC